UCAAAUCCUCUAACAAUUGCACCCAUCGAUUUUGCUGCACCUGCAGAAGCAAGCCCAGCAACACCACCACCAACUAUCAGAAUCUAGAAAAGAAGACAGAGCCAGUUAUGUGUUAAGGCUCAUUAGCAACUCAUACUGAAAAAUCAUCUGCUAACAAUUAUUGGUGUCUAGUAUAAGUUUAGCAUCAAUAAAUGGCAGUGCUGAUGGUGAUAACGAUGAUCAGCCCUUAAUAACUGGAUGGAGUAAAUAGACUAUUAACUGAACCGCCGCUGAUCUUAAAAUUUUAUUAAAGAAACAGCUGCUAGCAAAGGCCAACAAACCUUCACUAAAAACAACCUAAUAAUCAGCAUAUCCAUGUAAAAUCUACCUAUGCAUGAUCAGCAUUAUGUAUGUUGAAGAUUAACAGAUUCUUUCCCACUGUCUAAAAGUUCCUUCUACUAAAAGUUCCAGUGUGGCAUUAUACCUACCUUUACCCUAUCAAAUUCUAAGGUUUUUCUUUGUUCAUCAAACAUCAAAACACAUUUCAAAGAUGGGUACAACACUGGUGAAACAUCUACCCCAACAUUUAUUGUGAGCCAAAAUGCUUCUGAAAGGAACAGCUAUUGAGCAACCACAAUUCUGAACCAUUUUGAGCAACUCUAUGUAAGUCUCAGGCAAUGUAACUAACGUCCCUAAUCAUGGAAGGAUCAGCAACAAGAGAACCAAAGAAUUCCUCAGAAAUAAGAGUCUCCUCGCCCACUCUUCUAAGAAACAAAAGAACAAUAUUGUCUCCAGUUUGGAAUGGGCCUUCCCAAAGUCCUUUUAUAUAUCUCAUAAACAAUCAACUGAAGGCAACACUUUGUUCCUGUAGAAAAAAAUGCCACCCACAGAAUCAGUGAAGCUUACAAAUUCCCACCCACCCAUCAUGCCCACAUGUUCCUCUGCCUUUACAAAGACUAGGCUAGUCAGACUGCUCCAGUGAGCUCUGGGCAGUGUCUCAGAGGUCAUGUGAACUGGUCUUGAUAACGAUGGUGUGUUUGGGGACAGGGGGAUAUCUACAAGAAAGGGUGCAAAGAGUGACCAGAGGGAAUAAGCAGGCUCUAGGCUUGGGGCCCGAGGAGUUCAAGGCCUGCCUCAUCAGCCUGGGCUACGACGUGGAGAAUGACUGGCAGGGUGACGCCGAGUUCAACCGCAUCAUGAGCCUGGUUGACCCCAGCCACAGCGGCCUUGUGAUCUUCGAAGCCUUCAUCGACUUCAUGUCUCGAGAGACCACUGACACGGACACAGCCGACCAGGUCAUCACCUCCUUUAAGGUCUUGGCAGGGGACAAGAACUUCAUCACAGCCAAGGAGCUGUGGAGAGAACUGCCCCCCGACCAGGCCGAGUACUGCAUCGCCCACAUGGCGCCCUACCAGGGCCCUGAUGCCGUGCCCGGUGCCCUCGACUACAAGUCCUUCUCCACCGCCCUGUAUGGCGAGAGCAACCUGUGAGGCUCCAGAGACCCAGACCAAACACCCCCCACGGCCUCCUGGAGGGGCCGCAGAAGCCCCACAGUCCUGUUCCUCCACUCUGUUAAAAAAAAAAAAAAAAGAGGGAAGGAGGUAAGAAAAGAAAAGAGUAAACAAAAUAAGUAAAAGUGACAGAACUUAGCCAAGUUAUCCUGAAUCAAGACAUAACAAAGAAAUCCAUAGUUUAAAAAACAGAAUUGCACAAGAGUAAAGCAGCAGAUCUUACCAUAGAAAUUUACUUUUUCUCUCUAAAGAAUGAAGUAAAGAAAAAGACACAGAGAAUAAGAGUCAGAGAGCUUAGGUCAAAAUCCUGCCCCUGUUACUAACUAGUUCUGGGUGAUCUUGGGCAAGCUGCUUAUCAUCUGCAAUAUAGCAAAGUGCCUUCUCAGACUGUUGGUACAUUAAAUAAGGGACUUGAACCAAAGCGCUUACUGCUAACUGGCACACUGCAGCUAUAUACUCAAGAAAUAGUAUCGGGCCAGACAGGUGGCUCAGGCCUACGAUCCCAGCACUUUGGAAGGCCAAGACAGGAGGAUCCCUUGAGUUUAGGAGUUCAAGACCAGCCUGGCCAACAGAGUGAGAUCCCAUCUCUAUUAAAAAAUAAAAAUCUUAAAAAAAAAAAAAAAGAAAGAAAGAAAGAAGGAAAGAAAUUGUAUGGGAAAGGGCAGGAGAAAGGAAAUAACUUUCAGAACAUUUUUUGUGUUCACUCAUAUAACCUGCUCAUCCCAUGGCCUUCCCCAUCUAAAUAAAGGCAGUAACUAUGCACAAUUGUUUAAGCCAAAAUAGGGAAUUCAUCAACUCCUCCCUUUGCACAUAUUUCCAUUUCCAAUCCAUGAACAAGUACUACUGGUUUUAAGUCUCAAAGAUCUCCCCUAAUCCAAAUAAAUCCCAUCCCCUUUCUCUACAUUUCUGGUGCCACCACCUUCCCAGGUACAACCAAUUGCUGACAGAUCUUGCCUUCACCCUACUAGCUGUUCCAACAUAACAGCCACAUGAUUUUUUUAAAUCCUAAACCAAACAUUUCCCCCACCUGCAGGAGAAUCCAAAGUCUAUAAUACAACCUAGAAGACAGGUUCCACAUGAUCCAGCCUAGACUUUCCUUUCCAACAUCAUCUCAGAUCACUGUCCAUCUUGUUCACCACACUCCAAGACCAAUGGUCUUCUUUAUCUUUCCAGAACCUAAAUACAGGAAUCCCAAAUGCUUGGAAUCCUUAAACACCUGUUUUCUUUUUCCAUGCUUCAAAUCUCAGCUCAAAGGUCAGAGGAAGCUUCUCCAACACCCUACUAAAGUAGCCUGUGCCCAUUACGGUCAUAUCAUCUGGUUCGUUUUUUUUCUGUGUGAAAUCAUCUCAUGGCCAGGUGAAGUGGCUUAUGCCUGUAAUCCCAAAAUUUUGGGAGGCCGAGGCAGGAAGAUUGUUUGAGCUCAGGAGU